CAUUUCUUGAACAAGCAUACUCCAUCCAACCAUCCAAUUCCGAAACUGCUCCUACAUAUACGCGCAUAUCCAUACAGAGGCUCAGCAGACACCAAAAAGAUCCAACAUGACGACCCUCGUCACGACUCCCGACGCGACAAUGGUGGCAGAACGGACUGCACACAUCACAGAGGCCCAGAAACAGGCUCUUAUGGACAAUUUGCAGCUUGAGAUCGCCGACCGCGCCCGCAAAUUACGCGCCCAGUAUGCUCUCCAGGCCCAAGGCUUGCGCACUCGCCUAGAGAUGCGCAUCAACCGCAUCCCUCGUCAUCUCCGUAAAAUGAACAUGGAGGACUUGCUGCAGAAACAUCAACAAGCUCAGGACAAGACUCAGCAACGUCUCCCAAGCCCUGCGAAGACCAAGUCCCUCAAGCGCAAGAGCGAGGAAGUUACCAUGGCUGACAAGGAGAACACUCAGCCCGCAUCUGCCGCCCUUGCGAACCCCAAGAAGCGCAGCAAACCCAGCCCUGGACCCACUGGCAUUCCUACCUCUCCCAACCUGGCGCGAUCUAAGAGACCUCAGCCUCUCAACUCUACAGUACUCUCGCCGAAAUCUCCCAACUCACGCACACUCCCUCGAUCUCCUCUGAAGUCUCCCACAACAAAGUCACCACCACCGCUUCCCAGACCACGCGGCGCAGCAGCUCUUCAAGCUACCCAACCUACAAAGAAAGGCACGAUGAAGAGACCGGCCACGGCACCCACAACUACCACCCUUGACUCGGUCGCAUCCGCCCCACAACCCAACACUUCUACUCGCCGUGCCCUCCGUGCCAGCAAUGCCUCAGCAGAGAGCACCAGCAGCGAAAAGACCACGAUCGUAAACAAGUCGCCUGCCAAAUACAACCCUCCCAGCCGCCCUCACACUGCAAUGGCUCUAGCACCGACAUCUAAGAAGCUGCCUGUGCCCAGCUCGCCGGCAAAAUACAACUCGAUCAAGGAGAAGCCAUUGCCAGUUCCCGCGCCUGCACCCACCCCUGUCACUGGAACGGUCAAGAAGGGAACAUUCAAGAGCGCAAUGGCAUCCUUGACGGGUAGUAAGAGGGGGAAGAAGACCACAGCUGCUGCGGCGUUCAGUACUAAUAGCACACCACCCCCUGCCGGAAGAGUGUUGAGGAAGCGUGCACCAUGAGACUAGUCGCUUUCAUGCUUGUUUACGAUUAAUGACUGGUUUUUGUUCUUUAUCAUCCUUGUUUCGAGCCAGACGAGCUAGGCUUCUGCGUGUUGUGUUUGACCUUCUACAUAGUAAUGGGU